UGGUGUGUGAGGACCCGUGCGUAUUUACGCUCAGCGUGUACAUGUGAGAGGGAAGAGUUGUAGUGCCCGCCGAGCGCUGACAGGAGAACCUCGUGAGCAGGACCUUGAGAUAAGCUCUUAGAAAGGAGGAACAACUUUAAUUUGGCUCUAACGUGACUGCAACUCAAUGCGCUCUCCCUGCUGGCUUUAACGCGCGGCGGAGAGGGAAAGCAAACACGUUGAUUAAGAAGAAGGGGCUGAUUCAGUCCGAGCGGCUCCAGAGUUUUGAUCGUAUUUUUAGCAUCCUUCCUAGGCCCCCUCUGCUUAUCCCUGUCCGGAGUGCGGAGUGGCAGGACCGGACGGACGGACUGUGAGACUGCGCGUCUCCGCCGGUGGAUGAUCCACUGGAUGCGGGACGAUGGAUUAAGAGACUUCUCCGCUGCUGCUGCUGCUGCUGCUGCUGCUGCUGCUUCAUUGUCACCGCUGACCUUCUGUCCACUUCGGGAUUAUUUCAGCUCUCACCGACCUCUCCUCCUUCCCUCUCGAGAUGACCGAGGAAUAUGUUUUGCGGUGCGUCCUGAUGCUCUGCUGCGCGCUUCUCUCGGCCAACGCGAGUAACUGGUUGUACCUGGCUAAACUGUCAUCAGUGGGAAGCAUCAGGGAUGAGGAGACAUGCGAGAGGUUACGAGGUCUUAUCCAAAGACAGGUACAGAUCUGUAAGCGCAGUGUGGAGGUGAUGGAUGCGGUGCGUCGAGGAGCCCAGCUUGCUAUCGAUGAGUGUCAGUUCCAGUUUCGUAACCGGCGAUGGAACUGCUCCACUCUGGAGACCAUGCCUGUGUUUGGCAAAGUGGUCACACAAGGCACUCGUGAGGCAGCCUUUGUGUAUGCCAUCUCAGCAGCCAGUGUGGCGUUUGCGGUCACAAGGGCCUGCAGCAGUGGAGAGCUGGAAAAAUGUGGCUGUGACCACAAUGUACAUGGAGUCAGUCCAGAGGGGUUCCAAUGGUCUGGCUGCAGUGAUAACAUUGCGUAUGGCGUGGCCUUUUCUCAGUCCUUUGUGGACGUGAGGGAGAGGAGUAAAGGCCAGUCCUCCAGCCGGGCUCUCAUGAACCUGCACAACAACGAGGCAGGAAGAAAGGCUAUUCUGUCCCACAUGCGUGUGGAGUGCAAAUGUCAUGGCGUGUCAGGCUCCUGUGAGGUGAAGACCUGCUGGAAAGCCAUGCCACCCUUCCGUAAAGUGGGCAAUGUCAUCAAAGAGAAGUUUGACGGAGCCACAGAGGUGGAGCAGCGGAAAGUGGGAAGCACCAAAGUCCUGGUACCUCGAAACUCCCAGUUCAAGCCUCAUACAGACGAAGACCUGGUCUACCUGGAGCCCAGUCCAGAUUUCUGCGACCAUGACCCACGAACGCCGGGUAUGCUCGGCACAGUGGGCCGCCAGUGUAACAGAACGUCAAAGGCCAUCGAUGGCUGUGAGCUGAUGUGCUGUGGCCGUGGCUUCCAGACGCAGGAGGUGGAGGUGGUGGACAGGUGCAGCUGUAAGUUCCACUGGUGCUGUUAUGUCAAAUGCAAACAGUGCCGCAAAAUGGUGGAGAUGCACACUUGCCGGUGAUUGGAGGAGGGGCACAAAGGGCAUGCUUAUGAACAAAACAAACGCCCCAUACUCCUGCUCCAGUGCUGAGGUGAAGGGAGCAAGAUGGAUUGUGAAGUUUCCUUGUCUCCUGCUUGAAACCACCCAACCCUUCUACUACUGGUCAAAGGAAACACACUGAGUGGCUGAGAGUUCAGAUGUCAUCCUCACCAUUUUAUGCCACCAUCUUGGAUAUCAGUAGAUAAUGCAUGGGAUUACCUAAAACGCUACAGAGGGAGUGUUUUUUCUCAAGUAGAGAGCAUCUUUCACUUUCUCCCUCCUUCCCUCACUCUCGUAUUUGCUUUGUCGUUGAUGCUUCUUAUUUUUGUAAUGUUUAACUUAUUUGUUGAGACUGAGGAGAUUGAUGGGGGGUGGACCUAGAAGAGGGAACAGAUGAGUGGAGAUAAUAAGGGACAAACUGGACCCAUGGGUGGGCAGAUGGCGGGUGGGGUUAAGGGGUUUGGAUGAGGUCGAGGGAUGUUUGCCCUCUGUCCUUGCUGCUGAUGCUUUUGGGACUCAUUUGGACUGAUGGAUGUCAAAAAGGGAGACACGGAGUCUGUUAGAGGAUGGACUUGAGCAACAAAGAGAAACACGUCACACACGGACUUUCUGUGAUUCUCUUCUUGAUCGUACAUGGUUGUGUUUCGUCGAGGUCCAGUCUUUUAUUUUUUUCCCCCUGCAAUGCCCUGAUGCUGCUCCAUGCAAAUACACUCCCUCUCUUUCAGUCAGAGGGAGGAUGAUGAUGAUGAUGAUGAUGAUGAUGAUGAUGAUGGACAGGUGAAAGCCACAGCCAGUUCCUUCCUGUCUUCUCUGUAGGCGAGAGGCACUGGCAGGUGAAGGGCAUCAGACACACCAAACAGACACAUGCAAACAUUGCUUCAAAAGACACACAUGUAUGUCAACAGCUGCUACCUAAAACAGAAAACCAAAAUCCUCACAUCAAAUGAGCUUCCAGAUCAGAUUUAAGACCAUCAGUCACCGUUUCAGAGCAAUGCACUGCAAAUAUCGUCAAUAACCAUUCGGAUUUAUGCUAACCAUGGCCUCCUACUGCCUGUCACCGUCAGCCAAAUGCUACUUAAAAUGCAAACAUGAGUAAACACAGAGACGUGCAUGCACCAGCAAACACACACAAUGUAAACACACGCGUACACAAAGGGGUCUGCCAGAGGGUCGCAGAGCAUGCUCACCAUGCAUGAUGACUGAAGCACUUUCUCUCCAAGCGCACAUAGAGCCCUCGCCCCACAACAGCAAACAUCUGACUAUGGAUCAAAUUGUCCCCAUUGCUCACACACACACGCACAUGCACACACACAGAUUCCCAUGCCACUGUCAGGAGUCUAUUGUUGUCUUGCACCUCCACCAUAAAGCCAGGCUUUCCUAUAAUAAUGUGCUACCAUUAUAGAGACAUACUGUAGAUCUGUAAAGACUUAUACACUGAAGAAGACUAUACUGCCUAUGAAUGUAUGUUAAUACGGAAUAUAUGCUGUGUCAAAAAUGACUGUUGUCGCUUCUUUCAAGAAACUAUGUGUGUGUGUGUGUGUGUGUGUGUG